UUUGUCAAAUUAUUUGUCAUUGGUUUGUUGUGUAAGGCGGAGGAAGCUUCUGUCGAUGGAGAAUGGUUAUCGUGACCGUAUUCUUGUCACAGAAAAACUAUCAGAUGAAGGAGUUGCUAUCUUGCAAAAAGACUUUAUUGUCGACUCGAAAUAUGGUUUGUCACCCGAGGAAUUGUUGAACGAAAUUCCUCAAUAUGACGCGUUGAUCGUUCGUUCUGCUACCAAAGUCAACAGGGAACUCAUUCUUGCAGGAAAGAAGCUCCGAGUGGUUGGUAGAGCUGGCGUUGGAGUCGACAAUAUUGACUUGCAAGCAGCAACUGAGAGAGGUAUUCUUGUGGUCAAUGCACCAACUGGAAACUGUAUAGCAGCUGCAGAACAUACAAUCGCACAUAUUUGUGCAUUGUCAAGGUUUCUCACUUCUGCAGACGCUGGUUUGAAACGAGGUAUAUGGGACAGAAAUGCGUACAUUGGAACUUCACUUGAAGGAAAAUGGCUGGGAGUCGUUGGCCUUGGACGCAUCGGUAGAGAAGUGUCUCGUAGAGCAAAAGGUCUAGGAAUGAAAGUAUUGGCUUUCGAUCCCUACACUUCAGAAGAGACCGCCAAGAGUUUAGGAGUGAAUUUAGAACCGUUGGAAACUGUGUUUAGCAAUAGCGAUUUUAUAACGUUGCACGUACCACUUAUAGAAACGACUCGUAAUAUGGUGAACCGAGAACUCCUGUCGAAAGUCAAACCUGGUGCAAGGCUUCUCAAUAUAGCUCGCGGUGGGCUGAUUGAUGAGGAAGCUUUGUUAGAGUAUUUGAAUAAUGGAAGACUUGCAGGAGCUGGUAUUGACUGUUUUGUGACGGAGCCUCCUUCAAAGAUCCCCGAUUCUCCUUCUGAACGGUUGUCAAAGCACCCGAAGGUCUUGGCAACUCCUCAUCUUGGAGCUUCAACGGUGGAAGCUCAGCUUGAUGUUGCUAUCGAAAUUGCGGAGGCUGUGAUGUCGGCGCUUUGUGGUGAGUUGGUUCCUACGUUAGUCAACGCCCCUGCAGUUUCUUCCGAUGCUUUGGUGUAUUUGAAGCCUCGUGCCUUAUUGGCUGAAAGAUUAGGACGUCUAGCAUAUUCAUUAGCAGGUGGAACUUUUUCUGGUGACAUAACUAUUCACUUUUACAGCAAUGAUGGAGACGACGGAGAAUCUCGUUUGAUUAGAACUGGUGUUAUCAAAGGUCUCAUGGAACCCGGGAGUGAUCAUGUUAUUAAUGUUGUGAAUGCUGAUAUGGUAGGCAAGGUCCAUGGAUUGCAGAUAACAGAAAUAAAAAGGAGAUGUGUUGGAGAAGAGAAUUGUAUUACAUUGCAAAUGAAAGGCAGUCCUCCAAUAAAGGGACGUGUUAUCGGAAACAGACCACAUGUGACCUGCAUUGGUGAAUUUGAAGUAGACCUCGUUCUAGAAGGUCUAGUACUUGCCUAUUAUCAGGUUGACAUGCCAGGACAAAUAGGAAAAGUGGGAAAUAUUCUGGGACAAGCUAAUGUGAACAUCUCUUUUAUGACUUUGGGUCGUCAUUUACCGUCGAGAAUGGCGCUAGUUUUAUUAGGUUUGGAUAGUAUACCUGAUACGAAGACAUUGGAAAAAAUCCGCGCAGAUGUGGGAUUGGAGAAGAGGCCUGUUCUAUUGGACUUGGAUGGCAAUCCUGGAUAAUUUUGUUGAUUAUAUAGAAGUUUGUUAUUAUUCGCCAAUAAAUUGUGCAAUUACUUUGACAUAAUUCUUAUAGAAUUACCAAUAUGCAACAAGUUCCUCAGCGUUUUUCCAAA